AUGGAUGACAACCAGGAUUACGACGAUGUCGAACAUGGGGACAGUGAACAAUUGAACGACAACAUGGUCGAAGAUGUUAACGAUGUUGCUGAGCCGUCUCAUUUAUCCCGUUUACAACAAUUUACUAAUAUGCUUGAGUUUCAACGACAUCAACUUAUGCAUGCGUACGCAGCGUUUCAUUCUAAUACGCCUAUGAGAAGGAUCAUGUAUCGGCAAACGACGUACACCGGAGCGGACUGGAUUAACGAACUCCUAUCGGGCCACGAUCUAAGAUUCUACGAUGCAAUGGGUCACCAAAGGCAUCGACGUGCUGCCGAGUCAUUUAAUCGAUCUACCGAGACGAUUAGUAAUCAUGUACAUAUCAUGGUCACUGCCCUAUGCAAAUUGGCUCCCAAGAUUGCAUCGGCGCCAUCGACGGAACCAUCAUACCAGCUUGGAUACCUGAAGAAGAUCAUGAAAAAUACAGAUGUCGCAAAGGUAUCAUCUCCCGGAGUGGAUUCGGUCAAAACAAACCCUCAAAAUGCGAGAGAGCUAUUUAACCGACGCCAUGCGACGGUCCGGAAUGUGGUCGAACGUAGCUUUGGUAUACUAAAGGGUAAGUUCCCCAUUAUAAAAGGCCUAAUGCCCAACUACCCGCCUGAGUUCCAGACAGACAUAGUAAUCGCAUGUUGUGUUGCACAUAAUUUCAUCCUUGAACACCAAAAGUUUGCUAACAUACCGCCUGCCAUGCAAGACCCGGACUACAUACCAGAACCAGAUGAAGACGAUUUUACAAGGCCUUUGAGGACAACGUCAGAUACCUCUAAUGUUGGUUUACGUAAACAGUCUGGUUUGCACGAUUCGAUUGCUGAUGCGUUGUGGCGUGAUCACGGUGGCAGACAUCGUUAG